AUGAUACGCAUCAGCACCAUAGAUGAUAUUGUACCAUUGCUCAAAAUGAUAUAUCACAAAAAUUGUGAUGAUAUCGGCUCAAUCAUCUACAUUUUUGGUACAUUUGAUCCAGAUGAAAUUACCCUAUUUUUCCAGUAUCUUACACCGUGCAUACCAACAUAUAUUUCUUUCCGCAACAACUAUGAAAUCAGCAGUAUUAUUGACCUUUUUAUAACUAAUAUGCCACUCAUCAAUCCUUCUCUUCAUAUUGCUACUGACUUGUCCCUUGGAUCAGAUCAUCGCCUUUUAUUACUUUCCUUUACCUAUGACCUACAGCACUCUACCAAUAUGCCACCACUAUUACGCAAGACAUGGAACCUCUCACGCCUCAAUGAACCUGAUGUCCAUGCUCUUUAUGCUCAUAUCUUCACUCAAAACUCAACCUCCCUCCUUUCCACCUUGCAAGAAAUUGUACAGAAUCUACCACUCACUAGACCCAACAUUGAUGCUAUCACUGAUGAGUUCAAUUCACUCAUUUAUGACUCAUUAAAUAGCUCAAUUGGACAUUGA